UCACUGGUGUUCCAUUUUUUUUACAGAAUCCAGUUUGAUUGUGAUUCUUGUGCAUUAAUCUUGAUGAGUGCUGCAGCAAUGAGAGGAACACUCUUUUUAAUUUUACAAAUUGCAACUUGGACUGUUGUUGGGCUGAUUUUACUUCCAUAUGCUUCCUCUUUGUUGAGCUUCAUGAUGGAGCACAUUGGGUUCCAAAGCAAUAGCGUGGCGCCAUCUAGCUUUGACUAUUUGUCAGACUACCAAAGAUCUAGUAACAUUUUGAAUUCCAGAAGGGAAUUUGGUCGAAAUCACAUGAGGUGGGUGUUGGAGAGACAGAUGACGCUUGUGCUCAGCAAUUCAGUAUGGGUGGGCAAGGGCAACAGGACCAGGACCAGAACUCUCAUGAGAAGUGAAUUGAAUUCAACGAAUCUGGAGAAGCUGGAACAGCUGGAGAACCUCAUCACCUACUCUGCAAGCUAUGAACUCAAACCUGAUGAAGAAGCUGUUCUUUAUGGAGAAGAACCAGUUGCCCAAGAUGAUCCCAGUACAACUUUCCAUGGCAAGACAUUCAUUGAUGUGGGUGUGCAUCAUAAUGAGUGUUGGGAGGAUGUUUUCAAGUCUGAACCAAUGGUGAACUGGACUGGGCUUGUGAUUGAGAUGGACCCUCAGCAAAUUGAUUACACUCUGUUGACAAGACUGAUGCCAUUUUGUGCUUCUAACUCAAACAUUUCCUACAUUGGCAUUACGAAAGAUUUCAUUUUUGAGGAUAAUACAACCCAUCAGCAGAAUUCCAAUGCAUCUGAAUUAGGUCAUUCAAGCUACACAUUGUUUGGGGAAUUAACAUUGUUGCCCUUGCAUUUACUGAAUGACUCCUUGAGUGAAGGAAUGCGUCGCAGAAAUUUCACAAGAGUGAUUUUCAAACCCAUUCCUUGUUUCCCCUUGUACUCCAUCAUGUUGGCAGGGGAAGUGACUGAGCCAGAUUAUUUGGCAAUUGGCACAGGGUCAUAUUCUGGGGAUAUUGCAGAGUCUUUGCCUUGGAGUGACACCAAGUUGAGGCCAAAGGUUGUGCGACUUGCGGAUAUGGGAGCUGAAAAUUCGACACUGCAUUUUCUCAAGGGCUUUGGAUAUGAACUGGAUGAGGAAAUUUCUAGAUUUGAACCCAAAGAUGGGGUUCCUCGAGAUUUUGUUUUCUUUCAUAAGGGAUGAUCCUAAAUGAGGCUUUAUUUGCUGUGAAUUUCACUGAGAAAUUUGGACAUGCACAGCAACUCAGCAAGGCAUAAUAAUUCUGAGAAUGAAGUGUGACUUUUUUCAAA